AUGAAAUCCAAUUCAGUUGAAAAUGAAAAUACAUUUAAUUCCUUAUCGGAAGAUUUAAAAUUUGCAUUAAAUAAUCCUUUGUUUAGUGAUAUAAAGCUAAAAGGAAACGACGGAGAAGAAAUACAAGCUCAUCGAGUAAUAUUAGUGUCACGUUCAGAGGUGUUUAAGCGUAUAUUAUUGAAUGAAUCCACUCAAAAUGUGAUAGAAUUUUAUGAGUUUUCUUCGAAAAUUUUACACGUUAUUCUUGAAUAUUUAUAUACCGGGAAAGUGACAGAAACGUUGCAGAUUGAAAUCAUUGCUAAAGCUUUUCAUAGUGCUGAUUAUUUUUUACUUGAGCAACUAAAACAUCAAAUGAUUGAGUUUGUUCUACAUGAUUUAAAAAAUAAGGAAAAUAAUAUAAAUAUUUCAGCUAAGAUUCUAUCCCAACUUUUGGAAUGUAUGGAUACUCCUAAUAAUAAGUUGGUUGAAUCACUUUGCAAAAUUAUUGAUUUUGCUCCAUUAAAAUCUAUUGAAUAUAAUAAUUUAAUAUUGAAUAUAAUAAUUAAACCGACAAAGCUUUGA